AUGCAUCCGUCGUUUUCAAGCCGAAGUAACAAGGGAGAUCCUCGACUGAUAGUGAUUACGCCAACUUACAACAGACCUAGCCAGAUUCCAGAUCUAAUAAGGACCAAACAGGCUCUGCAGCUGGUGUCUAACUGUGACUGGAUUGUGGUUGAGGACGCAAACCAGACCAACCUCAGGGUGAUGAACUACCUACAGGAUUACUCAAGUGGUGAUUUUUUCUACACUCACGUUUUGACAGAGGAAAAAUACAGGGAAAUGAAAGGCAGAACUCAGAGAAACAUGGGAAUACAACUAGUAGAACAAUUAUACGCCAAAGCCGAAUCCCAAAAAAGGAACCACGCCGAAACGAAUCCAUUCCGAAAUGCCGUGGUGUACUUUGGCGACGAUGAUAACAGCUACGAUUCAAAGUUUCUCGAUCUUUUGAAAGGGACCAAACGGCUUUCAUUGUUCAACGUUGGACUCAUAACAAAUGCGCUGUUAGAAGGACCACUUACUGAAAACAACAAAAUAAUUGGUUUCCAGACAUCGUGGUGGGUCAACCGCAAAUUCCCAGUAGACAUGGCAGGAUUUGCAAUAAACGUGGGCUUCCUGCACGACAAUAACUACCCUAAGUUUGAUGCCAUAACCCCGAGGGGUCCUAAGAAAGUAACAGGGUCCCUUAAUGUAAACACAGUGCGACAACAUUACGGGGCCAAACUGUGCACUGGAUAG